GCUGCCGUCGCUGCAUGAAGUCGAACUCGAGGCCUUUAAAAGUUUUGCUCAUAUCGCGAGACGUAUAUGUUUACGUUUCCCUAGGCGACCACAAACUGGUUCAUGGAGAAGGUUGAGGACAAAAAGACCAAGUUCAUAACUAAUCAACCCUACGACGAGUGUUUGGAGGUGAACGACGCAGAGGAAAUAGCCAGUGUUUAUACCCCAACACCUCGAGAAACAGUGUCGUCUCAUAUCCUACUAGCGUCGAGAAAGACGAGCAGGCAGCUGCUUGAAAUGGCAAACAACAGCAGUGAUGAAUUCGAGGAUGAUGGAAAGCCUAAAUCGAAAGAGCAACUCAACGGCCACCCCGGCGUGAGUGACAAUGAGGAAGAGGAGGAGGAGGAUUCCGAUGAGACAGAGUCUGAUGAGGAAGAAGCCGAGCCGGGUUCUGCUCCAGAAGGGGCAUACGACCCAGCAGACUAUGACCAUGUUCCUGUUUCAGCUGAAAUCAAAGAGCUUUUUCAGUACAUCACACGGUACACUCCUCAGAAUAUUGAAUUGGACCAUAAGCUGAAACCUUUCAUACCAGACUUCAUUCCAGCUGUGGGAGACAUUGAUGCUUUUCUUAAAGUGCCACGGCCUGAUGGCAAACCAGACAACCUGGGUCUGUUGGUGCUAGAUGAGCCCUGCACCAAGCAGUCCGACCCCACUGUGUUGUCCCUGUGGCUCUCAGAGAAUAGCAAGCAGCACAAUAUCACUGAGGUGAAAGUUAAAAGUAUCGAGAACCCAGAGAAGAAUCCCAAAGCCAUCGAGAGCUGGAUGGAGAGCAUCAGUGAGCUGCAUCGCUCAAAACCCCCAGCCACUGUCCACUACACCAGGGCCAUGCCAGAUAUCGACACCCUAAUGCAAGAGUGGCCACCAGAGUUUGAAGAGUUCCUGGGGAAGGUCUGCCUACCAACUGCUGAUAUCAAUUGCGAUUUGGCAGAGUACAUCGAUGUGAUUUGUGGUAUUCUGGAUAUCCCUGUUUAUAAGAGCCGGAUCCACUCCCUCCAUGUGCUGUUCACUCUAUACUCUGAGUUCAAAAACUCCCAGCAUUUUAAAGCUUUAGCAGAGGGUCAGAAGUCGGAGACGUCAGCACCCCCCUCAGCCAGCAGAGAGCCAGAGACACUGACGUUCGAAUGAUGACAACCUGGAUCGACAAUUCUUCUACCUUGCCACUCAAUAAGCUCCUUGAGCACGCAACCACACUGAGUAUACUUAAUAACGGACAACCAUGAGCAUUUUGAAUACUUAUGAUCCAUCUAUAAAGUCAGUUGAUGGGCAUAGUGAAGCUAAAAGUAGCUAUUUUUUAUUUAUUUUUUCAUUAAGUCCAGUUAACCAUAUAUGUAUGUGUGUGUGUGUGUGUAUAUAUAUAUAUAUAUAUAUAUAUAUAUAUAUGCUUAUUUUUUCUUUUUUACAUGCUUUUUUUUUAUAGUUGCAGAAAUAUUUUAUAAACCUCAAAUGUUAAACUAAACUGUAACUGAUAACCUUUAAGGAAAAUC